UCAUCGCCGAUAGAAACAGCCCGAAAUUCUGAACGAAUUUUCUACAAAUUGCAAUUUAAUUCCCGUUUCUGAGAAUUUCUUUAGUUUUUACCGAAUUAUCCGUCCUAAAAUGUUAUACGCCUGAAGCUAAUACGGUGUUCUGUGAAAGCAAAUGUGUGUGUGAUUGUCGCUCGUGAGAACUAUUGACCAUGGCAAACAAUCGGAUUCCCUCAGGCCCUAACACUCCUGGAAGCCAACAAACUCCUACCCAGCAGGGCAUAAAGAUAUUCAUCCAGAGGGAUUACUCAGAAGGGACAGCAGUGAAGUUCCAAACGCGGUUUCCAUCGGAGUUGGAGGACAGAAUAGACAGACAAACAUUUGAAUACACAAUGGAGAGGUUGAACGAACAUUUUGAAAUGGCAGAGACGGCGGACUGUAGCACAUACUGCGAGGGAUGUCUUGCGUGUCUCACGGCAUACUUCAUAUACAUUUGCACAGAAACACACUAUGAAAAGCAUUUAAGGAAAAUUUCCAAGUUCAUCGCUACCCAAAAUGAGAGAGUGUACAACCCACGGGGUAUACACAUAACAGACCCUAUUCUCAGAGGGUUAAGGGUCAUCGAGAUAACAAUAAUCGACGUACCAAACUGUCAGAGUCCGACUGGCAACUCCACACAGAUCAGACAGACUUGACCACCAUACGAAAACAGGGAGUUUUUUAUGUAACAGUUAAAAAAUAUUUAUAUACUGAACAUAUAAUGUAUUGGGCCUUGAA